AUGUCCCAACCGACGGUUGACACUCGUCUUCUACCUCUUGUGCAUCCUGACAUACACUACCCAGUUGUUGCUGCUUGGGGCUCGGGCGGUCCUCUCACAGAACUGGGCCAACAGAAGAUCACAUCAUCAUUGGACAUCUGGCUUGCAUUCUGGCGUUCGGGAUCCAACUCAGUCGCUGCCUCGACACUGAAGAGGGCCCCUUCUAUCCUUUCAUCGGGUCUUGGUCGCUUGGCCUGUCUUUUGAUAUUGCAAUCACUGUACUGUCUGCUAUUUCGGGAUUGUUCUCCCCAUUCGAUAUCUUCAGCAUCCUUGCAAGCGUUAGCAUCAGCAUUCGUUGCCUGUCUUUCAUAUCACUCGCUAGUUUGUUCGCUGCUGGCUUUUCUGUAA